GAGGUCAGGCGGCGGCGCGUCGGGGCCGGCCGAGACGCCCGGGAGCGGCCGCCGCGGCCAGUAGCUGCCGCCGCCUCCGCCGGCCCCUUCACCGGCUGCCCGGGUCAGACCUAACCGGGAAGGGCGAGGGGGAUGCCGCUGGGGGCCCCGCUCCGGUGCCGCUCCCCGUGACGGGCCGACCUCCCACCUCGCCGCCCUCCGCGGCAGCCAAGACCGCCGCCACCUAGACCUCCCCGGGGCCAAGCGGGGCCAAGCGCUACGAGGGCCAGGCUUGGACCCUGCCCGGGGGCUGAGUUCUGUGGUCUGCCCGCCGGAAGUGAGCUGUUGGACAGAAACCCGAGAGCGUGGGAAAUGUCUCUAAGCACGUUUACGGGGAGUGCUUGUGAAACUGAACACAGAAGUAUGGAUAUGGGAAACCAGCACCCUUCCAUUAGUAGGCUUCAGGAGAUCCAAAGGGAAGUAAAGAGUAUAGAGCCUCAAGUGGUGGGCUUCAGUGGCCUGUCGGAUGACAAGAAUUACAAGAAACUGGAGAGGAUUCUGACGAAACAACUUUUUGAAAUAGAUUCUGUAGAUACAGAAGGAAAAGGAGACAUUCAGCAAGCUAGGAAGAGGGCAGCCCAGGAGAUAGAACGCCUUCUCAAAGAGCUAGAGCAGAAUGCAAACCACCCACACCGCAUUGAAAUCCAGAACAUCUUUAAGGAAGCACAGGCCCUUGUGAAAGAGAAGAUUGUGCCCUUUUACAGUGGAGGCAACUGUGUGACUGACGAGUUUGAGGAAGGCAUCCAGGACAUCAUUCUGAGGCUCACACAUGUUAAAACCGGAGGGAAGAUCUCCUUGCGGAAAGCAAGGUACAACACACUAACCAAGAUCUGUGCAGUGCAAGAGAUCAUUGAAGACUGCAUGAGGAAACAGCCUUCCCUGCCCCUCUCUGAGGACGUGCAUCCUUCGGUUGCCAAGAUCAAUUCUGUGAUGUGUGAAGUGAACAAGGCCAGAGGCACUCUGAUCGCACUUCUCAUGGGCGUGGACAGCACGGAGACUUGCAGGCACUUAUCGUGCGUGCUGUCAGGGUUGAUGGCUGAUCUAGAUGCUUUGGAUGUGUGUGGGCGUACAGAGAUCAGGAAUUAUCGGAGGGAGGUGGUAGAAGAUAUCAACAAAUUACUGAAAUAUCUGGAUUUAGAAGAGGAAGCUGACAAUACGCAUGCAUUUGACCUGGGACAGAACCACUCCAUUCUAAAAAUAGAAAAGGUCCUCAAGAGGAUGAGAGAAAUAAAAAACGAACUUCUCCAGCCUCAGAGCCCUCCUGAAUUGUGUCUGAGCUCCAAGACAGAACUUCAGGGCCUGAUCGGACAGCUAGAUGAAGUGAGUCUUGAGAAAAACCCCUGCAUCCGGGAAGCCAGGAGAAGAGCCGUGAUUGAAGUGCAGACCCUGAUCACGUACCUGGACCUGAAGGAAGCCCUCGAGAAGAGGAAGCUGUUCCCUUGCGAGGAGACCUCCCCACACAAGGCUGUGUGGGGUGUCCUUGGAAACCUGUCAGAGAUCCAGGGCGAAGUCCUCUCGUUUGGUGGAAACCGAACUGAUAAGAACUACAUCCGUCUGGAGGAGCUACUGACCAAACAGUUGCUGGCCCUGGACGCCGUUGACCCCCAGGGAGAAGAGAAGUGUAAGGCUGCCAGGAAGCAGGCUGUGAAGCUGGCCCAGAACAUCCUCAGCUACCUUGACAUGAAGUCUGACGAGUGGGAGUACUGACGACCAGGGGCCGAUCUCGCUGCCGAUCUCGUUCGCACUUUCUCUGCUUCUAGAGAGCUCUCAGCUCGUGGGGCCUGAAUGUAAUUUCUAUGUGCAUAUCCAAUCUCAGUAUUUAUGAUUUAAUCAAAUUAUAUUCAGUAUUUCUGCUGCUUUUGAUGUUGCAAAACGAAUAUCAUUAUAGCACAUUAACUUUUCCAUCUGGUUCAUUAUCCUACAGUGUGUGAUUUGUGUUGAUUUUGUGUUUUUAAUGGGAACAUGAAAAGAGCAGCAUUCCUAAUGUUUAAAUGAGUUGUGCAAGCAUUAAAUGCAGAAUUUGAGAGUCUAACUCCAGCUAAACUACGAGGAGGAGGGAACUCGGGCUGAACGGGGAUAAAGUCCAAGCGCAGACACAGUACACUAGUACACUAGACAAAGCGGGGCCUUUCUAAGUUACAAGGCUGAGUAGUCCUUUAUUUUAUGGGUGGGGUUUUGUUCAGAUGGUCUGUUUUUUUCAUAAACAUUUUUGCUUGAAAAAAACCUUCUCCUAGGCUUUUCAUUUUAGAGGGGGGAAUCUUGUGUACAGCACCAAAAAAAAAAAAAAAAAAAUUAAUGAAACCUAACAACCAAAAAUUUGAGACUGCUUGAGGAAGGGAAAAAAAUCAGCUAUUCGAUAACUUCAAGUCAUUUUUGCUUGUGAGGUCUCAACUAAAAUUCUCCUUCUUAGUUAAUAAGAAUGAAGCCAGUGGACCUUUAGAGAGCUGUAACCGGAGGAUGAAACCUGUCGUGUCCAGUGUCAGGUCACCAAAGCUGACGAGGAACAUCUACCUGUAGCAGAAAUGAGAUGGAUUCCUCUGACAGUCACAGCUAUGAAACAGACAUGCUGUUAAACAUGACAUUUACACAGUGAUGCCAGAGACUGUUGGUCAUCCAGGGGGACCAGGUCUCUGCAGCUGUCAGAGGUGACUGCUGCUGGCAUCCUAAACAUUGCUUGUACCUACUUGGAGUGAGGCUAUGGGGUACCUAAUGAUAUUGACAUGAGGACCCUUCUUUUGCCUGAAAAUUAAUUAUAGCCCGUCCGGUAUAUAAAGGGUUUUAUUAUUUGUUUUAUCCUUCUGUUAAAGGGCAUGUGUGUUUCUGUGACUAUUUUCUAAGUAGCCAACUUUACGGUUGUCUAUUAAUGUAAACAGGAACUCCCCAAAAUUCUGCAGUGUCUUGACAGUAUCCCAGCAUCGUGACUAAUAGACCUCAUUCCAUGUCCUCGUUUCAUUACAAGAUCCUGUGAGAGCCAACCUUUUCAACUCUGGUGAGUUGUGUUGGGCUUUGUUUGUUCGUUUGAUUUGUUUUGUUUUGUUUUUUUUGUCAUUCUCUGUGCCCCCCCCCCAACACACACAAUAUUAAUUUGAAAGCUAUGCAAGGAAAUUCUCUUUAAACAGCUAAAGUAUGACCGAUGAGUGAGUUAGCUUAAGUGCACCAUCUCAGAACAGUAGGUCCCCAGGGCUUCCGGCAAUGAGUCCUCCCCACUAGAGUCACUGGAAUCCUCCAUCGGCCUGAGCCGUGUGAUAACUGGUCCUGUGUCGUGACUUUAGACCGCCCUUCAAGUCAGACUGCAGGUUUUUAAAUUGAACUCUCUGGGGAGUUCAUGAAAGUCAUUCAGUUACGCCUUUCCCCGGGUUACUUAAUUCUUUAACUUUGUUUCUUAAAGUUACACGUUUGCCUUUCCUCUCAGAGUAUCCAUUGUCCUGUUGAAGCAGAUUUUCUCUUUAAAGUGGUUUUCUGUGACUUGCUAAGACACCCCACCCCCACUCCACCCGCCAGUGGGAUUUCCACGUGGAUUCUUUGGGUCCUGGAGGUGGUCACAUGACUUUGUGUGGCUGUUGGGAGAGGCUUUGUCUCCUGUUACAGUUCCUUGGACCCAAUUAUCUCAUAUAAAGAACAGUAGCAAAGUUGAGACUGAUUUCCUGUCCCUCUUGGGACCCGUGUGUGUCACUGUGGGCCGCUUCCUGGACUUUUUGACCUGGGCUCACCACUGUAGUAGUUUCAUGGGCAUGUGUGAAGAAGCAGCUGCGGGGAAAACCUGUUUCCUGGAGAAGCCAGGCCUUGGUCGGCAUUAAAGCAUGCCAGCCCUGUUUCUGAAAAGAAGGAAGUGGCUGGGAACAUUCACCAUCUUCCCUGAAAUUUGGAUAGCUUUGCCUUCAGUUCAUUCUCUGUCCACCUAGAUGAAAGUCUUGUGACAAAGUCACUGUUAAAAUAAAUGGAACAAAUGUGUAUACUCA